AUGAAGAGAAAUACAGCAAUGUUCUUGUGGCUGCUGAUCCUCUUUUCUGAUAUUGUGCCAUUCAGCUGUGAGAGAUCAAUGAGAGAAAGAGCUAUUGAGCUGAUGCAAGAAUCACGUUUGAUCGAUGGCCACAAUGACUUUGUACUGCAGCUGAGAAUACUUUACCAAAACAGACUCAGUAGAGUCAACUUAAGAGAACUCAACACGACCCACACAAACCUCGCGAAACUUCAGGCUGGUUAUGUGGGAGCUCAGUUUUGGUCAGUGUAUGUUCUUUGCAGCGCUCAGAACAAGGAUGCUGUGCGCCUGACCUUAGAGCAAAUCGAUGUUGUCAAGAGGAUGUGUAACAGCUAUGAAGAGCUGGAACUUGUGAUGACUUCCCAAGGUAUCUCUGACAGUAAAAGGAUUGCCUGCUUGAUUGGAAUAGAAGGUGGCCACUCCAUUGACAGCAGUCUGGCAACGCUGAGGAUGUACUAUGACUUGGGUGUUCGUUACAUGACUUUGACACACUCCUGCAACACUCCUUGGUCUGAAUCAUCAUCUAAAGGAAUACACAACUUUUAUCCUAGUGUUACUGGUCUGACUGCAUUUGGCCAAGAAGUGGUAAAGGAGAUGAAUCGCCUGGGUAUGCUGAUAGAUUUAUCUCACACUUCAUACUCCACAGUAAAAGCUGCACUCAAUAUCUCAAAAGCACCAGUAAUUUUCAGCCACUCGUCAGCAUUUUCUGUUUGCAAUCACUCAAGAAAUGUUCCUGAUGAUAUCCUCCAGCAACUGAAAAAGAACAAGGGAAUUAUCAUGGUGACUUUCAAUGCAGAUGUGCUGGCCUGUGGCAGAAAAGUUGUUAAUAUUUCUACCCUUGCAGAUCAUUUUGACCAUAUAAAGGCAAUUGCAGGCUCAGAAUCAAUAGGAAUUGGUGGGGACUAUGAUGGAGUGGAACGGUUAGUAAACUUCUUUCCCGAGGGAUUGGAAGAUGUAUCUAAAUACCCUUCUUUGAUAGAAGAACUUCUUAGAAGAGGAUGGAAUGAAACUGAACUGAAAGGAGUCUUAAGGGAGAACUUUCUCCGUGUCUUCAGGGAAGUAGAAAAUGUGCGGAACACUUUUGCAGUAAUGGACGUAGGUGAAAGUGAAGUUCUGCUAGAAGUACAGAAUUCCUGCCGCCUAGAGCUACGUAAGCCUCAGCCUCAGCCAUCCAGGUCCUUUGGAUUUCCUUCUGUGGCACAACCUUUUAGUCUGACGCUUGUGUCAUAUUUAAUGCUGUAUUAUGUAUCGUAA